CAUCUUCUAUUCAAAAUCUCACACUACUUUCCCAUUUACUAAUAUCAAGAAAUCAAAUUUCUGGGCCCAUCCCUUCAUGGUUUGGAAAUCUUACUAAACUAACACUAAUGAAUGUUAAUUUAAACAAUUUAAUAGGCUCAAUUCCAUCAUCAUUGUCCAAACUCAAAGAUCUUCAAUUACUCGAUCUCUCAGCAAAUAGUUUAAGUGGGGCAUUUGAGUUAGAUGCUUUUCUUAAAAUGAGAAAUAUGGUUGUCAUUGAUCUAGGCUACAAUAACAUUUCGUUACUUGUAGAAGAAAGAAAAUUUGAUCCUAACACCACAAUUUCAAAUUUAAAUUUUCUAUCCUUAGCUUCAUGCAAUCUGAGCAAGUUUCCAAAAUUUAUUGCUCAUCAAACUAAUCUUGAAUUGUUGGACCUUUCUCAUAACCAAAUAUAUGGCCAGAUUCCCAAAGAUUUGAUGAAUUCAAGUCUUCAAAGCUUGGAGGUCAUAGAUUUAUCCAACAACUUGAUUACAGGGUUUCAAAACCACACAUCCAUCCUACCCUGGUCAAAUUUGCGAGCGUUCUAUAUGCAAUAUAACUUGUUGCAAGGACAACUACCGAUUCCACCAUCAUCGGCCAUACAUUAUGAUGUCUCUAACAAUAUUCUGAGUGGUGAAAUUCCCUCAUCCAUAUGCAAUUUGAGCUCAAUUUUAGUUCUUGAUUUGUCAAAUAAUAACUUCAGUGGAGAAUUUCCACUUUGUUCAAGCAGUAUGAUUAGUGACACAAUGUUAGUUUUGAAUUUGAGAAACAACUCUUUUCGCGGCACUAUUCCUUUUCAAUGUCAGCAAGAAAGUGAGUUGAGAAUGGUAGAUUUCAGUCACAAUCAAUUUCAAGGGAAACUUCAACGACCAGUGAUGGCUUGUAUGAAUCUUGAGUACCUUGAUUUCUCUUUCAAUAAACUUACUGAUGUGUUCCCCACUUGGUUGGGGAGUUUUCCUCAGUUAAAAGUUGUUUUGAUUAGAGAAAACAAAUUUCAUGGAGUUAUAGAGAAACCUCAAAACACUGCAAGUGAGUUUCCCAUGCUACAAAUUAUUGAUAUGUCUCACAAUUAUUUCACAGGGGCAUUGCCUUCCGAAUAUAUGUCAUUUUGGUAUGCAAUGAAAGAUUUCAAGAUAACCAAUUUGACAUAUAUGAAAGCAAUGGAAAAUCUCACCCUUAACACGAAUGCUAUUGCUCCUCGAGAACUUGGGGAGUAUGAUUAUUCAACAACAUUUGUGCUAAAAAGUGUGGCAACACACUACGGGAAGAUCCCAAUAAACCUAGCUGUCAUUGACCUAUCGAGCAACAAUUUUAGUGGUAAGAUUCCUGAAAUAAUUGGAAGUCUCAAGGCUCUUUACUCACUCAACCUCUCAAACAAUGCGCUCACUGGUCAUAUUCCUCCAUUGUUGGGGACAUUAAGAGAGCUAGAAUCAAUAGACCUUUCUCAAAACAAACUAUCAGGAGAGAUUCCUCCUCAACUAGUAGAAUUGAAAUUCCUCCAAAAGUUUGAUGUCUCUUAUAACAAUCUCACUGGUGUUAUACCGCGAGGGAACCAAUUCAAUACAUUCGAGAACAACUCAUUUGAGGGUAACCAAGGACUGUGUGGAGAACCACUGUCGAAGAAAUGUGAAGUCUGGUUGCUCCCACCAUUUGCUUCAAAUGAAGAUGAUGAUUCUGAUUAUGCGAUUGAACUGGAUUGGAAAUUCAUCUUGGCGGGACUUGUGAGUGGUCUUGUUUUAGGAGUCUCUCUUGGGGAGAUGGUGAUCCCAAGGACGCGGCUAGCUUGGUUGGUUUACAUCUCUGGGACAAAAUUGAGGGAGAUGAUUAUCAGAAACUGACUGUGCAUCUGCCAUAGUUGCUGUUGUAAUUGGGCAAGAGGUAAUUGACUUCCAACUUGGAUGGAGGGUCAUGAUUGUGGUGAGGACAAUAAAUGUUUAUAUCAAAGCCCUCUUCUUGUUGUUUACAAAAAUAAAUAUGAAUUAAUAGAGAAUUCUAGUAGAAGAAUGAAAGAAAAACUAAGUUUUGCUUGUUUUCACUAUAUUGUUUCAGUGGUAUUUGGUCCAAUUGUUUUGUUUGC